ACAUGAAAAGAGUAGGCCAAGCUUCCAGGUGGAACUGAUGCGUUGUGCGUAAAUGAACGAGCCGUAGGUCACACUUCUGCUUUUGGGGGCGGACGAGUAAAGCUGUAUACGCGCUCCGAACAGCAGCUGUUUGACUAAUAAGAUGCAAGCCACGUGUGGCUCAUAGGAAAAUGAAAACAGGAAUCAGUUAAUUGUGAUCAUAUUAACGUCAACUUUCUUUUCCCUUUGAACAGCUGUUUCUCUUACAAAGAAUCCCAACCCCUCCGAGGGCUUUUCACAGCGUAGGUUGCCUUCUUAAAAAUAACACUUCUUCUGUUUAGUAAUACUAAUGCUGACGUAGAUGCAUCCUUUAACUAACUGGGGACAUGCUCAGCCUGUCCGUUAUAACUGUCCGAGUAAUAUACUCUCAUUAAUCCAGGUGCAAGAUUAGGUUUGCAGAAAUGAGAAGAGAGAGAUGAUAUCUCAUAUUUCCACUUCCUCUUUAGGUGGUAUAUAGACAACCCUCACACAAAAAAAGGCUGCACAUCGAGGGUGCCUGCAUCGAGAAUGCAAUGUUUGUAAGAAGUGCGUUUCUCUAAAGUGCCGAAGGCUGUGAUUUUGCUCCGAAGGAGCCAUGCUUUGUGAAGCCAGACUGUUCAGUAUGACGUGUGGUGAAUUGGAGGAGCUGGAUUCCCCCCUUCCUCAGAAAGCUCCCCAGGGUGCUUUUGGGCAGCUGAGAGCAGCUGCCACCCUGGUGCCAGGCUCCGUCAGACACGCUCCACUCGUUCAUCACAACUCCCCCGAGCUGACAGGUUGUUUGCUCAACAGGAGCGAUUCAGCUGAGUUGUACAUCUCCCCGCCGCAGUCCUUGGAUGGCAGACAGAUCUCCCCGCAGAUAGAGAUCCCGGCUCAGGCUCGCUCAGUUGGCGACGCCCCUUUCCUGGUUCCCUCCUCCUGUCAGAGCAUCUGCCAAAAUUACAGCGACCUCCACAUUGGCGGCGACCAGGUGCUGCCGCUCUCGACUAACGAUGGAGAGCUCCGGCUCUGCACCGCCCCCCAGGAUGUGGGCCCUUUCCUCCAGUCAUGCGAUGUCCCCCCGGCUGUGGAGGAUUCUCCCCCACAAAAGACAUCUAAUAGUGGGCUUCUGCUUCCACCAAGGGGGGGCUCACAUCGCUGGAGACUGGGGAGUGUCCGUGAUCGGAGCUUUUUGUUCCAGGGCGGCGAGGGUCCCUUCUCCAACUCUGUACUCAAUCACUAUCUGGAGCAGAAACUGUUGGACUUGUACCAGCAAUACAUGAUGGAAAACAUGGCCAGGGAAGGGGCCCCUGGAACGGGUUCUGACCAUGGCGCCAUUUGCCCUCUGCUGGGCUCAGAGCUGGUGCUGACCAGCCUGGACCAGAUCACUUUGCAGCUGAGUCGGGAAGGGAACCUGGAGGCCGGCCUGGCUAAGGACAUGGUCCUCAGUUGCCUCCUGCGGGUGGCGGGUGACAUGCAGUCAAGUGAGAUCAGCACUCCUUUUCUGCAGAUAUCCAAUGAGCAACCCACAGAGAACAAAGGGGAGUAGCCCCAGUAUCAAAAAAUACCGCAAAAGAAUUCUCCAUUUUUUUUUGUAUCAUCCUCAAAAUAAAAUGAAACUGAUUCCUGUUACUAUUAUGAUAUGAUUCAAGUUAUAAAAGAUGGCGUAGGUUCAUGUGGUGACCAUGUGGUGCAGUUUUCCCCUUUCUAAAAGCACAAUAAAAACAGGAACUGAAUAUUGAAACCAAUCUUUCACUUUUCUUCCGCCUUGCACCAUUUUCCUACUUUUUGUACUGCUGGCCACUACUCUGAGCAAUGUCUGCUCAUUGUUUCUUCAUUUGAAAUAAAUGUCUCUCUCUGGUGAAUUGCCGAAGAACAUCUUGUUCUCGGGAUUAUGAGACACAAAUGGAAAAUUAUUGUUUUAAAAGUUGUAUCCAUUAUAGUUUAUUUCAGUGGAAUAGAAGUCAUGUCAUGUCAUGUCAACAAUAAAAGAGAGUGAGCUGUACCCGCUGUCAGGGGA